AUGACAACGUCCACCCACGCCGCGUCCCGUCACCGCGUCAGGGUUUCACAAUUGCCCCUCCAGCCCCCCCGCCUCCAAGAGCGCCUUUCGGCGGCGCGGAGACCCGGGAUGGUUGCACAUGUGGUGGCAUCAGGUGCGGGUUUUGUGGAGGAUCUAGAUGAGUCGUUUAAAGAAAACCGUAAAGAUGAUAUUUGGCUUGUAGAUUUUUAUGCGCCUUGGUGUGGCCACUGCAAGAAACUGGAACCUGUGUGGAAUGAAGUGGGUAUAGAAAUGAAAAACAUGGGCUCUCCCGUAAAAGUUGGGAAGAUGGAUGCAACUUCCUUUUCUAGUAUUGCAUCUGAAUUUGGAGUGCGAGGCUAUCCAACAAUUAAGCUCUUAAAAGGUGACUUGGCAUACAACUAUAGAGGACCUAGAACCAAAGAUGAUAUAAUUGAAUUUGCUAAUAGAGUGGCAGGACCUCUUAUCAGGCCACUUCCUAGCCACCAUAUGUUCGAGCACGUGCAAAAAAGACAUCGUGUACUUUUUGUGUAUGUUGGUGGGGAAUCUCCUUUAAAGGAAAAAUACAUUGAAGUUGCUUCAGAACUAAUAGUUUAUACAUACUUUUUUUCUGCCUCAGAAGAUGUGCUGCCUGAGUAUGUGACAUUGCCUGAAUUGCCUGCUGUUGUGGUCUUCAAAGAUGGAACUUACUUUGUUUAUGAUGAGUAUGAAGAUGGUGAUUUGUCAUCCUGGAUAAAUAGAGAAAGAUUUCAAGGUUAUCUUAACGUAGAUGGCUUUACGCUGUAUGAACUUGGAGAUACAGGAAAACUUGUGGCUAUUGCAGUCAUUGAUGAUAAAAACUCUUCAGUGGAACAUACCAGACUAAAAUCUAUUAUUCAGGAAGUUGCUAGAGAUUAUCGGGAUCACUUUCACAGGGAUUUCCAGUUUGGCCAUAUGGAUGGAAAUGAUUACAUUAACAGUUUACUAAUGGAUGACUUGACAAUCCCUACUAUUGUUGUAUUGAAUACCUCCAAUCAGCAGUAUUUUCUACCAGAUAGGCACAUUGAGAACACAGAAGACAUGGUUCAGUUUAUUAACAAUAUCUUGGAUGGUACAGCUGAAGCACAGGGUGGUGAUGGACUUCUGCAACGAAUCAAGAGAAUAAUCUAUGAUGCCAAGUCUACUGUAGUGUCUGUGUUCAAGAGUUCACCACUUCUGGGAUGCUUUCUCUUUGGGUUGCCCCUUGGGGUCAUCAGCAUUAUGUGUUACGGAAUCUGCACAGCUGAUACAGAUGGAGGGGUAGAUGAACAUGAGGCAGCUAAAAAGGAAAACAGUGAUCGGGAGCUCACGGACGAAGGCAGUGAGGAAGAACAAGAGGAGGAAAAGAACGGAAAAUAUACAGAACUUUCAGAUGGAGAGCUUAAACAGAAAGAUGCAAUGGAAAAGAAAAAAGACUAACUUGUUUAGCAAAAGAAUUCUCUAGAAUUUCCAAAUAGACUUAUUUAUUGAAGGUAGUCAUUUACUGAUGAUCUUCAUGAAAGAGGACCUUUUUGUCUGCAUUACGGUAGUUUUGACUUGCAUGUAUUCAAAUUUUCUCAGAAAUUGACA